AAAUUAAUUUAAUCUUAUAUAAAGUUGCUUGAAUCCGGGUUAAAUUAAAUACAUGUGCACAAUCUCCCUUUCGCAAUAUUUUGUGACUUAUCCGUUUAUAUGACUAUUGAUUUGAAUAAAAUGCACUAUCAUUAAGGCAAACAAAAAAGAGAAGGCUAUCAAUUUUCAAACAUAUGCAUGCUGUUGCAUGGAUACUUACUAAUAUGCCAUUGAACGCUGUUCUUAAUGAAAUGAAUGGUACCACAAAAGAUAAAUAUAAGAAAACAUAUAAUAAAACUAGAGUGAUGUUCACUAAGUGGCAUUCCAUUUUUAAUUCUACGUCGGAUCUUUUUAUAACUAAACAGUAAUAUUCAUGGUCCUAAAUGGAAAAAAAACAUUGUAAAUCAUAUUGUUACAAACACAAAGAAAUUGUCACGUAAUUUACAAUUGUCAAAAUAAGAAGUUUAUCCGAGCAAUUGUAUCGUAAUGAAUUCAGUUCAAGGUGCUAUAAAGAAGAAUCUGGAAAAAAGUGGGCUUUUAAAAAGAAAUUGGCUCAAGCGGUACUACGGUGUAUUUAAACUAAGGUUUAACAGGUUAAUUGGCGCCCUGCCCAGCGGGGCAAGAUUAAGCUUGGAGAUUCUACAGAAGGAGUACAUCAAACAGUUCUUUUUUGAGAAAAGCGUGGGAAGCGGAGGAACUUGUUUAAAGCCUAUUGCAUGUUUUGGAUGAUUAAAGAAAAACUGGGAAAGAAGCCCAGCAGCAGAAAAGCAGGCUCUGCAUCUCUUAUGCCACCGUGUGGAAUUUUUAUUUAGAGGACGACAGCGGAAAAAAACGCGUUUCAAAUUGUUUACGGUUAAACUCGUGACACUUUGCAAUGAUACCCAAGCUCGUCCCAUGUUUUUGAGCAAAUUGAGUAGGCCAAACAGAACUAAAAUGAUAUUUGGGAAAUCAAUUGUUGGUUUCAUUUCCUGCUUCAGAGUGAUAGUUUGUAAAGGCCAGAUGUGCAGCUGACAUUAGAGUCGCCCACAACUUUUAAAACUCAAAACAAAAUAGCAAAACUACAUGCUUUCUUAAGUUCUUACUGUUUAAAAGAUGUUUACAAGCCAGGGUAAGCCUACUGAGAUUGCUAAAUCUCAUAGUGAGACUUUGCAGCUCAAAUCAUUACCAGAUCUGGCUAAAAACAACAAAAUUAUAGAUGUGGAUGUCGAAACGGAGAAAGAUCUUCAGUUCCCUCAAAUUGCUUCGAAAAAUAAACUCUUGAAGCUUAGUUGGUGGCAUUCACCCGCUCAAGCGUAUGAUGUAGAGGCAACAUUAGUACAGCCUAGAAAAAGUGAAAAAGGACCCAGUAACAAACCUAUUAAGGUUGAGAACAAUAAUACUUUAGCCAACGGCUGUACAAACUCGCCAGUAAGAUCUGUUCCGCUCCUCCAGAAUAUUCGUCCCGAUCAUGAACGCAUGAGUGGAGCAAACGAAGAAGGCAUCCUCGAGCCAAGCAUCGAAGAACUUUAUCUAAAGGACUCUCACCGGCUUGUCGAUGAUUCUAAACCAUGUACUGGAAUAUUAAAUCAAGAUCAGGAGGAUCAAAUGAUAAUAUGCGGCUAUCGUCGUUCUUAUAUACGCACGGUUGUUUGCUGGGCUUGUAUUUUUUUAACUGGCGGUCUACUGCGGCUCGUUUUACAUUGGUGGCGUCAUUUGUACCUAUUUGCCACUUGCUCUCAAUGUUCGUUGGAGGAGGCUGAACAGGUUUUGGUAACAGAAGAUUAUCAAGGAAAGCACAAAAUAUAUCACGUAAAGCGAAUUCAGGUCCUUUCUGUAAACCACCUUAAGACGCUGUUGCAUAAGGACCCGUCGGGCACAGAAAGGAUGAAUUUAGAAGAUGAAAAUGUUGAGAACGCAUUGCAACUAUCGGUUCAUUUCAGCUCUGCGCUGUUUAAAAGAUGUUCAUCCCUAAGAAUAUUUCGGUGCAAGCAAUUAGUGUACGCAUGGAACAACAAUCUUAAUUGUUUCCAAAAGAUAAAUGGUCUCGACCUAAAUAUUCCCUGUUCAUAUUAUCACCAACAACGCGGAUUAACCGUAAACGAGCAAAUUUCAAGACGAGUUGUUUUUGGGGAAAAUCAAAUAACUGUGCCAUUGCGAGAUAUAAAGACAUUGCUUUUUUUGGAAGUAUUAAACCCUUUUUACGUUUUUCAAAUAUUCUCAGUGAUCCUGUGGUUCACAUAUGAUUAUUACUACUAUGCUUGCGUAAUACUUUUAAUGUCAAUAUUUGGUGUAACUGUUUCUAUUUUGCAAACGAAAAAGAAUCAAGAUGUACUUCAAAAAACAGUAUAUAACACUGGAAAUGCUUGGAUUGUUGAUUCUAAAGGACUGUCAAAAGAGUUUCCAACGCGAUCACUAGUUCCGGGAGACAUAAUUGAAAUACCGUCUUCAGGCUGUACAAUGCAGUGUGAUGCAGUAUUAUUAUCGGGAAACUGUAUACUGGACGAGUCUAUGCUUACAGGCGAAAGUGUGCCAGUGACCAAAACUCCGUUACCGUCGAAACGUGACAUGAUAUUCGAUAAAACAGAACACGCCAGGCAUACGCUUUUUUGUGGUACAAAAGUUAUCCAGACUCGAUACAUUGGAUCAAAAAAAGUAUUGGCAUUUGUGAUAAACACUGGGAACAUAACAGCCAAAGGGGAACUAAUAAGAUCUAUUCUAUAUCCCCCACCUGUUGACUACAAGUUUGAACAAGAUUCGUAUAAAUUUAUUCAGUUUCUUGCAUUAAUAGCUUGUAUUGGAUUCAUUUAUACACUUUUAACGAAAAUAUUGCGGGGAACGGAUCCCGUUAAAAUAGCAGUUGAAUCUCUGGACCUUAUUACAAUUGUUGUACCACCAGCACUACCAGCGGCAAUGACCGUCGGUCGUUUCUAUGCACAAAAGCGUUUAAAGGCUAGUGAAAUAUUUUGCAUUUCCCCACGGUCUAUUAACGUAGCAGGAAGCAUAAAUUGCUGUUGCUUUGACAAGACUGGUACUCUUACUGAAGAUGGACUGGACAUGUGGGGGGUUGUGCCGAAAUCAUCAACUAAUCAAUUUCAAAUACCCUUAAACAAUGUUGACCGUCUACCUUACGACCAUUUUCUCUUUGGUAUGGUAACGUGUCAUUCUAUCACUGUAAUGAACGGCACAAUGAUGGGAGAUCCGUUGGACCUAAAAAUGUUUCAGUCAACGGGUUGGACACUGGAAGACUCAAGUAACAUACCAGAUAAUGAGAAAUAUGGAAUAAUUUACCCAACAAUUUUGAGACAACCAAAAGCUUGCCUUUCCGAUUUGUCUUCACUGGAUAUGGAAACUAAAACGAAAAUUAACCGACAAUCCUCAGUAGACGAUUUACUAGCCACUGUUGGCAUUUCGCAAGAUCAAAAAAAUGUAGAUCAUGGAAUAGUUCGAGAAUUUCCAUUUACGUCGAGCCUUCAGCGAAUGUCUGUUAUUACCCGUUGUCUCAGUGACCAAGUGUUCAAUGUCUACUGCAAAGGCUCUCCUGAGAUGUUGCACAAGCUGUGCUCCCCGCAAAGCUUACCUGAUAAUUAUUUCCAACAAUUAUCGUCAUUUGCAAAAAAAGGAUACCGAGUUAUUGCCAUUGCAUUUAAAGCCCUUGCCCACAAGAUGAACUAUACAAAAAUACAGCGACUAACCCGCGAAGAGGUUGAAUCCAAUCUGGAAUUUCUUGGUUUUGUAAUACUUGAGAAUCGCCUUAAACCAGAUACUGCUAAAGUUAUUAAUGCACUAAACUCAGCCAAAAUUCGAACUAUCAUGAUUACAGGCGAUAAUAUAUUAACCGCUAUGAGCGUUGCGCGUGAUUGUGGCAUCGUAAGUGCAUCGCAAGCUGUUAUUACCGUGCACGCAGAUCUCCUUGAUGAUGGUGCGGAUACUCGAACCAAUCCCAGUGGUUCUGAAUGUGUUGUUGAUAAAAGUCAAGAUAAUCAGUACAAGUUACAGUACACUUUAGAUUUGGGAAGUAAAAUCCCUUCAUUAUCUCAUUUGACAUCAAGUUGCAAUGGUAACGUUAAUCGUCGAAGUGUAUUUAGCACCGACGAUGCUUCAACUCUUUUUCGUCUGGAGUCUACGAAUUCAUUAGUUAAUGAAUUAAGCUCAAGUUAUGCAGAAAGCGUUCUGCCGACAAGUGAUAGUUUGGCUAGUGUAAAAACCACAGACACAUGGACCCACAAUGGGGCAACAGAUUGCGAUGUUGAGCUUGGAAUGAAACUCCCACAAGACGAAAGCUGGCGCCAACACUAUUUAUUUGCAAUGGAUGGCAAAACUUGGCAAAUUGUAAAAGACCACUUUCCCGAGAAUGAAAAUGUUAUUAACCCGGGGUUCAAUUUACGCGCGAAUGUCGCCCGAUCAAAAACAAGCAUUAGUAAUAGAACUUCAAAAUUUGGACUAUUGCGUUGCCAUGUGCGGUGAUGGUGCCAACGAUUGCGGUGCCUUGAAAGUAGCUCAUGCUGGUAUUUCGUUAAGCGAGACCGAGGCGUCAAUAGCGUCGCCUUUUACUUCAC